GACACCACAUCAGUGAGAGAACAGCUGCUUCACCACUGGAUACAUUUAUGAACCUUUUUAUGUUAAUCUGAACUGUUACGUGGACUCGCUGUAGAGGAAAGAUGUUUCAGUCUGAUUUGCUUCACUGAUGAUUGAAAUAAGGGACUUUUUUGGUGGCUACUGCCUGGAUUUUGAUUCUCCAGCUACCAGACAUGGAUAUGACCAAUAAGACACUACUUUCUGUCUUCCUGAUCAUCUGUGUGUCAGGACUGGACGUCCCUCGGCCUGACGAACUGGAUGUGAAUAUUAUGGAUGGGGAGGUAAUUGUACUUUGGAAACAUCCUGCGGACGCCCCAUCAAACUCCCACUACAAUGUACAAAUGGCAAAGUACACUGAUGAAUGGGCCGAGGUGGCCAGCUGCACCGGGAUCAAAAAGACCUACUGUGACCUUAGCAGCCUUAUACAUGACUAUCGUUGUGGAUACAAGGUCAAAGUUCAGCUAGUUGCAGGAGACGACGUUUCUGCGUGGAAAGCCAAAAGAUUUCUCCCAAGUAAAAGUGAUUUGCAGCCUCCCUCCUUCACCUUGUGGGCAACUUCCAGCACUCUGACUAUUUAUGUUCACCAAAAACCCAUUCUGAAAAAACUCUUUCCUUAUGGGCUCACCUACACCAUAUACUUGGAGGAGAAAGGACAACAUAUAAAGAACACCACAGCAUACCUGAACGAUAACGAGGAGGAGGAUCAGAGGAUUAAGACUUUCAGUUCUCUCCGCUGGGGGCGAGAAUACUGUGUCAGCAUCAAAGUAGAGGGCAUUGGAGCUCUGUCCACCAGCAGUGUGUCCACUAAACAGUGUCUGCACCUACCAGAGCAAGAAUGGUUCGUGAUAGCUGUGUCAUCCUUAUCUAUUCUGGGUGUACUGGCCAGCGUUGCUAUUAUGGCAACUUUUCUCCAGUGUUACCUGAGACGUCCAGAGAAAACACCUGCUGCAUUGAAAUCCCCUUUAAGUGGCUGGCUUCCACUUUCUGUUGGAGAAGGGACUAUGGAGGUUGUUACAGACAAAGGAUGGUUCCUGUCCGCCGACAGAACAGAAGUGAAAAACUGUGUCAAAGAUCCGGUGACACAUGACACUGUAACAGAGGACGAUAGAGAGGAGGAGAGGAGGACCAGCAUGGACAGCGGCUUGAGCAUGGAGUCCAAUUCUGCUACAACCAGCGGAGGAAGUUGUCCAAUGAGACAAGAUGACAGUGGCUGUGGGAGUUUAGGAGAACAAGAGAGCUCCACUAGCUGUCAGACAGAUUACUCUCUAAAGGAUGAGAGGACUGAUACCGACGUGGCCAGGAAGAGGGAGGACAGUGGGUUGGGGCUGUGCUGCCAGCUUGAUUCUUCUUCUAUGAGUUUGGAUGGACAGGACAGUGGAUCUCUAAAGGUUGCUGGGUGUAAUUAUCGCAGCCAUAGCCCCUCUGCCGUGCAGAUUAAUGUCUGUGAUGAUGAGGAGCUGUUUAAACAGAUGCUUCCCGACUCAGUUUUGGCUGAAGUGGUCACAGGCUACAGGGCUGGGCUUCAAUCCUGUAUUUGUUUAGGAGCAGGACAGUGUACCUGGUGCCAUAAACAAGGACAUUAUGGAACUGAGGUUAUCAAACAAUACAGAGCUAUGUGUAUUGAAAAUGGACUACUGAGCAGCAAAUGUGAUUUUGUGGACUCUUACAAGGCGGGGCUUACAUUUUCAAGUUAUUCUAAAACAUCACAAAUGGACACUGUCGUAGUGGAUGACUUAGAAACAACUUUUGUACAACUGGGGGAGACUUUCCCUCUGCUAACAGCUCUAUCAACACUGCCCCUAGUGGACGGAGGACAGGACGGAGGACAGGACUUCAAUAUGAACAACCUAUCGCUCUCUCUCUGUGACGUACAGUUGAAGACCGACUGAAGCAAUGUGGAAUGCAACAACGCUAUUUAUAAAAAUCAUGCUGACAUAACCUCCAUACCUAAAUACUAUAUUUGAUCAUUUCCUUUCCUUACAUGACACAAUCAUUCAAAUAAAUAAUUUGAGUCACGGAAUAGCAGCAUAAGUCAGUAUUUGGGGGGGGGGUUCAUAUCAAUUAUGAAACUUUGUAUGAAGAAGGGGAAAACUGUGAGUAGAAAUAGAACAAGCCACAAGCUGUUAUUGAACAAAGGAAGAAAAUAGACGUUAGACCACACAGCUGCUGGCUGCUAGCUGUUGGUUGGAGUCUCAGGAGCUUCUAGAGAUGGAGAACAUAAGGUCAAAGACCUUAUUCAACCCUAUCACACUGGGUAUAUUUAAAACUGACUUAACUGCUGUAUGCCGGAAGUGAAACUGGUGUGGGGUGCAAUGCUGAGAAACAGUUUGACAGUUACGUACUCUUGGACAUUUUGCAACUACUCCUUGCUCUCACCUACGCCAACAAUGUCCGUAAGCAACCUGUAAAGUUUCUGAAAAGUAUAUAUUUAUCUUUCCAAUAUCCAAACAUUAGACAAAAUAAAAUACUUGUAAGCCAUUUUAAAUGUGUGGAAUAUCAAGGGGUGUCAAACAAAGGAGCAAACAUGUCUCUUGCUAUUUUCAAUGACAUGCAGGACGGUUGUCACAGAUAUAAAGCCAGAGACAUUCAUGUGCUUAUAGCCUAAACAGCAGGUCUGUCUUAAAUUAUUUAUUUGAUAUUCAUUGUGUAAUAUUGUGAAUGUGACUCGUCUAUCAUUAAAAGAAACUCUCUGGAAUGUUCUGCAAAUGUCACACAUUCACAAAAAAAACCCAACCAAAUGAAAUGAUGUUGAUUUCAGAAACAAUGAUUAGAAGACGCCCAGAAACAACAGGGUGAUACUCACUAGAAAAUAAACAUUACAUAUCACUUUGCAGUUCUCGGGAUCCCCAUAUGCAAAUUCUGGGUACAGGAACCAGAGCGGUGGUUUCGAAGCUUCUGAACUAAGAAACAAACACUUCCUCUUAUAGGCUUAAACUCAGUUAAAGAAAAUCCCGCUUCACAUUGAAUAGAGCAAAUAUUGUCAACAGGGCUGAAGUUUCAGAUACCCAACAUUUAUCUUAGAACUAUAAGUAAAAUCUUCACAUACGCUGUUAGGAUAUACCACUCUUGACAAAGUAGAUCCCUGCCAGUGGUGGGGAAAUCAUAUGACCUACUAAACAUACUUAACUAUAGGGGAAGUGAGACAGCUUUUGGCUUAUCCUAAAAAUAAAAACCUUCUUCUAACUGCAAAGACUCACUUUACUGGUUUUGACGUACGUGUUAACUGAUGAUCACCAAAUGGAGAUCAUAGUUAAUCUUCUUUCUUUUACCACUCCAUGUUUGGCUGCUGUUAGGAGGCCUUGUGGAAAACGUUUUCCGUUGAGCCCCUGCUAAUCCUACCACUACGUGGAGCGCUACCAGUACCCCAAUGCUAGAAUAAUACUUUAUGUGCUACUUUGUUGUAAUUUGAUUAAAAACAGACCUCUGCCUUGAUGAUUUUGAGGCAGGGACUCUACAAGAUGCAAUCACAAGAUUAACUAAUAACCUGGGACCUACCUUGGUUGACAUUUUACUUAAGAGGGACCAAAUAAAUAAAUAAAUUGCACUUAAUUAACAUAACAGCUUGUAUUUGAAGAGGACAGGCAGCUGUGCAAUUAUUCAUUGAUAUUAACAAUAUCUUAAAAUGAA